GGUAUUGAAAAAAGAAAUGAAAAGCCAUAUACAGUCACUUGUUCCGCAAUUGACAAAGCCAACUCAAACCCUCUCCACAACCCGAAUCCUGCACGCCUUGAUCAUCAAGCACAGACUCACCUUCGACCCUUUUUACGCCACCAAGAUUCAGCGCUUCUACGCCAUCAACAACGACUUACUCUCCGCACGCAACCUGUUCGAAACAAGUCCCCAGCGAAGCGUCUACCUUUGGAACUCCAUCAUCCGCGCCCACGCUCAGUCCCACCACUUCUCCCACACAUUUCGUCUCUUCAAACGCAUGCUAACCUCCGAGACUCCACCCGAUAACUUCACUUUCGCGUGCCUCGCCCGUGCUUGCUCGGAUAAGCUCGACAUCUCAGCCUUGAGAGCUGUCCAUGGGAAACUGAUUGCUUAUGGCUUAGGAGAUGAUUUUAUCUGCACUAGUGCGCUUGUUAGCUCUUACUCGAGGAUGGGAAUAGCUGAGGAAGCGAGUCUUCUGUUUAGUGGGAUCGAUGGAGAGCCUGAUUUGGUGCUUUGCAAUGCGAUGGUUUCUUGCUAUGGGAGGUGUGGAGAUUGGAUUAAAGGAGUGGUGUUGUUUAACGCAAUGAUGGGGAUGGGAAUACGGCCGGAUGGAUACACGGUGGUGGGAUUUAUCACUGGGUUUAAAAGCUUUAGUUUGGUGAAUGUGGGAGAAAUGGUUCAUUCAUUUUGUGUUAAGUGUGGUUUGGAUUUGAGUGAUCAUGUGGGGAGUGCCCUUGUUGGUAUGUACUCGAGAUGUGGGAGUGUAGAGCUAGCUUGUAAAGUGGUGGAAAAUAUAGUUUUACCGGAUGUAGUCUCGUGGUCAGCACUGAUUGCUGGCUUCUCCCAGAGUGGAGAUCAUGCUAAGGCAUUGAUGCUUUUUAGGGAGUUUGUUAUGUCUGGAUGCAAGUCGGAUCCGCCUCUGCUUGCUAUUGCUUUGGCAGCUAUUUCUCAAACGGCCGUUGUGGGGCCGGGGUGUGAGGUUCAUGGCUAUGCUGUGAGGCAUGGAAUUGAUAAGAGUGUUGGAGUUUCCUCUGCUCUUGUUGACAUGUAUGCAAAAUGUGGAUUCUUGGAGAUGGGGAUUAGGGUUUUCGAGAGGAUGCCUAAACGGAACAUUGUGUCGUUUAAUACUGUGAUCUUGGGGCUUGGUUUGUAUGGGCGGAGUGGUGAAGCACUGAGGGUGUUUGACGAGGUUCUUGAGCAGGGGAUGAGACCGGAUGAGACGACUCUUACCGGCAUUCUCUGUGCGUGCUGUCACUCUGGAUUAGUCGAGGAAGGGAUUGGGUAUUUCAAACUUUUGAGAGAUAGAUUUGGUGUUGAAGUGAGAACUGAGCAUUAUGUUUACAUGGUUAAGCUUCUUGGGAUGGGUGGGAGGUUAGGGGAGGCUUAUGAUCUCGUUAUGUCAUUGACACAACCCGUGGAUUCUGGCGUGUGGGGUGCUCUUUUGUCGUGCUGUGAGCACUAUAAGAACUACGAGGUGCAUGAGGCCGUUACUAAGCAUUUUUCAAAGAAUGAGAGCAUAAGCAGUGGUGACAGUGUAAUGCUCUCUAAUUCGUUUGCUCACGUUGGGAGGUGGGAAUGUGUGGAGCAGCUGAGGGUUGAUGGGGCCAGAGCCAAAGGGAAGUUCCCUGGGUGCAGCUGGAUUGCUUCGUAGAUCAAUCAAGUGGCGAAGCAAAGCUCGUUGAAAUCCCUUCAUGUCUCACUAGAUAAAGGUGUGGAGUUAGAGAUGAGUCUGGAGUGAAGAAUGUGUCUCUAGGGAGGGAAUGCUACACCUUCCUUGAGGAAGCCACAUGACAGCGGUUCGCCUUUGUCUGAGGCCCAAUCGUCUAUAUCUACGCUUCCUGCCAUGCCCGGUCAUCGCCUUUGUCUGAGGCCCAAUGGUCUAUCUCUACGCUUCCUGCCAUGCCCGGUCAUCGUCGUUUUUUGCUUAAGAAAGUUCACCUCUUUUAUAUCUCCUCAAGUAUAAGGAAAACGAGGGCCAAAAUGCAACGAUUGUAUUUUAAACACAUCUAUCUAUCUAUCUAUACAUAUAUAAAAUGCGAGUUUUGGGAGGAUUUGAAUAAC